AAAGAUCAAUGCUCUGUACUGAAUACACUUCAUAGAAUCCAUAACUCCGCAAUCCUGAAUCCUUUGAUUUAUGGUUCACUGGCCCUAACCGCGAUCCUGUAUGGUAAGAUAUUCUGGAUUGCCAAAAAGAAGCAAACUCAGAUUUUGGCUCAGAUUCAAGCUGUUGACCAUGCCAAAGCUGUAGCGUAUAAACGUAGCUUCAAGAUUCUAAAAACUGUUGUAAUAAUCCUUGGACUGUUCAUACUAUCAUGGAUUCCAUUACUGUUUGUGAGGAUGGUUCUUACACGUACAAAUCUUGAUGCUAAUGCCAUUAUUUUACUGACGAAUAUCACAUUCAAAAUCUUGCUGAUAAAAUCUAUAUUCAACCCGAUGAUAUUUUGUGAGAAAGAUCGACAGCUUCGAAUGGCUGCAUUGAAACUCUUAGGCCUACAACAGGAAAAUGUAGAAAUGCUUUUCACUUCUAAUGCCACCAGCUCAGAGAGGGAUCCUCGACUUGCCCAUGUGAACGAGGCCUUUACAGGAGCAGUAGACACAGGAAGAGAACAUAGAGAUACUGAGGCAUCAACUAGUAAGAUUGGAGACGUGGGAAUUGGCAAUGUUUUUAACAGUACUGAUAUGCCACAAGUUCCAGGUUAUAUAAGAGAGAAUUCAGGAGUCAGUACCGAUACAAGUACAGUAGACUUUAAAAUGAAAGAUGUGACACAUCCAAAUAGUCUCCCUGUUAACACACAAGAAACUUUUGACAUAAAUCUAGCACACAUAUGAUGUUGCUCAAUUAACUCAAAUAAAUACAAAGAC